AUGGGGGCCUACAAAUAUUUGGAGGAGAUGUGGAGGAAGAAGCAAUCAGAUGUGAUGCGCUUCCUCGCACGAAUGCGGAACUGGGAAUUCCGCCAGCUGCCGGCCGUACACCGAUGCUCUCGGCCUACACGUCCAGACAAAGCACGAAAGGUGGGAUACAAGGCCAAGCAGGGCUACUGCAUUUACCGUGUCCGCGUGAAGCGAGGGGACCGCAAGAAGCGUGUGGCCAAGGGCAUUGUCUAUGGAAAGCCAGUCAACCAAGGCAUCAACAAGUGGAAGGCCGUGCGGAACCUGCGGAGCAUCGCAGAAGAACGCGUCGGUCGCAAGUGCGGAGGUCUUCGAGUGCUGAACUCCUACUGGGUGGCCCAGGAUGCUAUGCACAAGUGGUACGAGGUGAUCAUGGUGGAUCCAUUCCACUCGGCCAUUCGCAAUGACCCUCGCAUCAACUGGAUCUGCAAAAACACCAUGAAGCACCGCGAACUCCGGGGCGUUACGGCUGCAGGCCGCAAGGCUCGUGGACUUCUCAAGAAGGGCAAGCGUGCCACCAAACUCCGCCCCUCGGCCCGUGCGGUCUACCGUCGCCACAGCCUCAUGCGCCUCCGUCGCUACCGCUAG